AUGCGCACUUCAGCGCUUAUAGCUCUCCUCCCCUUUAUCGCCACCACUGCCGUCGCGAGGCCUUGCCACUCCGAGGAAUCUACCCCUGCUUCCCUCCGGGCACGCAAGUCGCUCUCGUUUGGGCCUUCCCAUUCCCAUGCCAAGUUCGAGCUUGUCGAUGAGCCUGCCUCUCCCGAUUUCACUACCCUGCUGGCCGGGCAGUCCUUCCAGGCCAAGGACGUCGUUGCCGCCUUCCUUGAGUCCAAGCUUGGUUUCCGAGAGGGCUCCGAAUAUUACAUUCGAGACGACAGCUACACGGAUGCCCGCACUGGUGUCGCACACCUCUAUGUCCGGCAGCUUGUCAACGGCCUUGAGGUCUCUGACGGUGAUAUCAACCUGAAUAUCGAUCGGGACGGCCGCGUCAUCUCCUGGGGUAACUCUUUCCACCCCGGUUCCGCCCCCAGUCUGAGCGAUGUCCACGCGCCCUCCUCGGGCGAGUCCGAGAGGCUUUGCUCCAUCCUCGAGGACAACAUUGAAUCUCACAAUGCUCAGCUGGCCGAGCUCAAGGGCGAGACCGGUGCUUGGGGUUUCGUCAAAUCGACUGCGCAGAAUAUCUUUGGCAUCUCUCUGCCCUCCAAGAAGCAGCUUGACCACCAUGCCAUCAGGAGGCUCCACAAGUCUUCUAAGCAUCUCGAGGAUCAUAGCGAUGCUGUCUGUCAGCCUUUGGUCUCUGGUGGCAUCAUGUCUCCUGCCGAAGGUCUGGUCAGUCUCCUUUCUCGAGUGGCAAACGACAAUCUGCGAGACAUUUCGGCCGAUGAACUUGAGUCGACCCCUCAGCACUCUCUCAAAGCCAAGCCUGCCCCCGCGGAGCCUCCUACUGAGAUCAUUUCUGGACUUGCCCUUGCGGAGGCUGGUGUUAUGUCUGACGUUCCCGCGCGUCUGAUGUAUACUCAGGUGUCGGACGCCGAGCCCCGUCUUGUCUGGAAGUAUGAAGUGGAGAUGAAAGAUACUUGGUACGAAGCUUAUGUUGACGUAUACUCUGGCGAGCUAUUGCGGAUCGUCGACUGGGCCAGUGACUUUGACUUCUCAGAGCUCCAGGAGGAGCUUGACCAGCUGAAGGAUGACAUCAAAGAGCUGAAGGGCGGCAAGCAGAAGCCUCUUCCCUCGCCUCCUUCCAAGCUUGAGCCUUACUCUUAUCAGGUCUUCCCUUGGGGUGUGAAUGACCCCGAGGUGGGCAACCUUUCCAUCGUCACCAAGCCCUGGGACACUGCCGCCUCUCCCCUCGGCUGGCACCAGUUCCCCACCUCCGCCAACCCUUGGUCUACGUUCGAUCUCCCGGGACAGACUACUGAUUCCAACUAUACCACCUUCAACACUACCGUCGGCAACAACGUGUACGCCCACGAGGACUGGGAGGGCCGUAACAACUUUUUGAACAACUAUCGACCUCUCAAUGACUCGCACAUCUUUGUGUACGACUAUGGAGCUGAGGAGGGACUUGCUCCCAAAGAGUAUAUCGACCUCGUUGUCACUCAAUUGUUUUACACCUCAAACAUGUACCAUGACCUGUUGUACCGAUACGGUUUCGACGAGAUCUCGGGUAAUUUCCAGGCCCACAACUUUGGGCUUGGUGGUAAGGGCGGUGACCCCGUUAUUACCAAUGCUCAGGAUGGUAGCGGGUACAACAACGCCAAUUUCAUGACUCCUCCCGACGGCACUCCCGGCAGAAUGAGGAUGUACAUCUGGGAUACUGCCACCCCUUAUCGAGAUGGCGAUCUCGAGGCCGGCAUUGUAAUUCACGAGUACAGUCACGGGGUGUCCACCCGACUGACUGGUGGGCCUGCAAACAGUGGCUGUCUUGGGUACGGCGAGGCAGGAGGUAUGGGAGAGGGAUGGGGUGACGCUUUAGCAUCUCUUAUCCGCCAGGUUGAAGAGCACAAGAACUUCGAGAACAACACCGAUAAAUUCUCCAUGGGGGCUUGGGCCGCAAACACUGACAAGGGCAUCCGUCCUUACAAGUACUCUACCAACAGCACUGUGAACCCACACACGUACAAGGCUCUCGACAAAUAUUGGGGUGUCCACGACAUCGGGGCUGUUUGGGCGGAGCUUCUCUUCGUUCUCAAUGAGCGACUUAUCGAGGAGUAUGGUUUCUCCAAGACUCUCUUCCCCCCCACCAAUACUUCCGAAAGCAACGACUUCUAUACUGCUACAAAGGAAGCCAGCGUGGACUCCAAGGGCCACCCCAUUCCCCUUAUUCCUAAACAUGGCAACACCCUCGCCUUCCAACUCAUCAUCGAUGGCAUGAAGCUUCAGCCCUGUCGACCGUCCUUCUUUGAUGCGCGAGACGCUAUCAUCCAGGCGGACCAGAUCCUCACGGGCGGUGAGAAUGCUUGCAUCAUCUGGAAGGCAUUCGCCGAGAGGGGCUUGGGCGUCGAUGCCUCCCUUAUCGGUAACACUCCUUGGGGCGGCGGUGUGCGCGCCGACGGCUACCACGUCCCCAAGAAGAUUUGCAAGACCAAAUAA